AGAGUAUUUAUUACAGAGACGCGGAGAGAGAGUUGGAGAGCUGAGCUUGAAAUUGACUAGGUGAAAUUGGGAGCCUUAAACUUUCCAAAAACCAAGGAACUUUUUUUUUCUUCUUGUGAGAGGCAGAGAGAAAGAGGGGACAGAGAGGGGGCUAAUAAGACUAACUCCAAACUUUAUUUCCCACCCCCUUUUGACUAUCCUCAGAGCUGGGUCCAUGCAAGUCUCUGAGAGCAGAUCGCUGCAGCUGCAACUUUGCAGUCGGCUGUGAACAAACUUUUUUUUUUCCCUCCUGCAAGCUGCUGUUCACCAGCCAAAACUUUCUUGUUUCUUUUGCAAACUUUUUGCUGCCUUCCUUCCCACCCCACUCCCGCCUCCAUCUCUUCCUUGCUUCCUCCACCACAAACCCAGCUGGUUUUAAAGAGGCGUUGCCACUUUAUAAUUAUUAUUUUUAAUCCCUCCCCCCCUCCUCUCCCCCACCCCUUGAUUUUCAUCCCACUGUUUUCCCCCUCUGCCGCUUUCUCGCAUGAAUCUCCUAGACCCCUUCAUGAAAAUGACAGAAGAGCAGGACAAAUGCAUCUCUGGCGCCCCUAGCCCCACCAUGUCGGACGACUCCGCGGGGUCCCCCUGCCCUUCUGGUUCCGGCUCGGACACUGAGAACACCAGACCCCAAGAAAACACUUUCCCCAAGGGCGAUCCGGAUCUGAAGAAAGAGAGCGACGAGGACAAAUUCCCGGUGUGCAUCCGAGAGGCGGUCAGCCAAGUCCUGAAGGGCUACGACUGGACCCUGGUGCCCAUGCCGGUCCGUGUGAACGGAUCCAGCAAAAACAAGCCCCACGUGAAGAGACCCAUGAACGCCUUCAUGGUGUGGGCACAGGCGGCCCGGAGGAAGCUGGCGGACCAGUAUCCGCAUCUGCACAACGCAGAGCUCAGCAAAACGCUGGGCAAACUCUGGAGGUUGCUGAAUGAAAGCGAGAAGCGCCCUUUCGUGGAGGAGGCCGAGAGGCUGCGGGUCCAGCACAAGAAGGACCAUCCUGACUACAAGUACCAGCCCCGGAGGAGAAAGUCAGUGAAGAACGGGCAGGCGGAGCAGGAGGAGGGCUCCGAGCAAACACACAUCUCCCCCAAUGCCAUUUUCAAGGCCCUGCAGGCGGAUUCUCCUCAGUCUUCCUCCAGCAUGAGUGAGGUUCACUCUCCUGGAGAGCACUCUGGGCAGUCCCAGGGGCCCCCAACUCCUCCUACUACACCCAAAACAGAUGUCCAGCCUGGGAAGCAAGACCUGAAGCGAGAAGGGCGCCCUUUGCAGGAAGGAGGAAGACAACCGCCCCACAUUGACUUCCGGGAUGUGGACAUUGGGGAACUCAGCAGCGACGUCAUCUCCAACAUAGAGACCUUUGACGUAAAUGAGUUUGACCAGUACCUCCCACCCAACGGUCACCCGGGAGUCCCGGCCACCCACGGCCAACCCGGUCAAGUCACCUACAGCGGCAGCUAUGGGAUCAGUAGCACGCCUGCCACUCAAGCUGGGGCCGGGCACGUUUGGAUGUCCAAGCCACAGCCACAGCCACAGCCGCCGCCGCCCCAGGCCCAGCCGCCGCACGCGAUGACCACCCUGAGCAGCGAACAGGGCCAGUCCCAGCAGAGGACACACAUCAAGACAGAGCAGCUCAGUCCCAGCCAUUACAGCGAGCAACAGCAGCACUCCCCACAGCAGCUCAAUUAUAGCUCCUUCAACCUUCAGCACUACAGUUCCUCCUACCCGACCAUCACCCGCUCGCAGUAUGACUACACAGACCACCAGAGUUCCAACUCCUACUACAGCCAUGCGGCCAGCCAGAGCACCAGCCUCUACUCCACCUUCACGUACAUGAACCCCACCCAAAGGCCCAUGUACACGCCCAUUGCAGACACUACCGGAGUCCCUUCCAUUCCCCAGACCCACAGCCCGCAGCACUGGGAGCAGCCUGUCUACACACAGCUUACGAGGCCCUAAGGGCGACAAUAGCAACAACAGCAAGGAGAGAGAAAAAAGAACGGUCUCCAACUUUUUUUUUUUUUUUUAAUAAAGACACUAACGCUAAAGAUGAUGAAAAAAGAGAACACAUCGGGCCUUCUGCACUACCGCACCCUUCAGGAAGUGGCCAGACCACUCUGCUGAGAACCAGCAAAACUCGGUACAGACAUUCCAAGGACUGGACUUUAACCUUGAUUCCGGGGCGAGAGAUGAGCUUUCUCACCAGCCAACUCGUCUGCCUGUGUUUGGACUUUUGUAAUUAUUUUUAGCAGUAAUUGAAAGAAGAAAAGAAAAAGGAAAAAAAAUACCCAGAGUCCUCUGUGAGGAAUAUUCUCUAUUUUAAAUAUUUUUAGUAUGUACUGUGUAUGAUUUGUUACCAAUUUGAGGGGAUUUAUAUAUAUUUUUUAGAGAUUUUUUUUUAAAUGCUCUUAUUUUUUCCAACAGCUAAAACGACACUUAGUGGAGCAGUCCUAGCUUUUCUUGCAGUCAGAGGUAUUUUUGUAUAGAUAAAAGUCUUUUCUUUAAAGAAAAACAAAAUAAAACAGUGUGCAUUAAUUAGGAACAAAAACUGUUAAACAGGGAUUGGCAUCAGGCUAAGCUUUGGUCAGCUGUGCAACCUAGGAGACGCAAGGGGUUAAAAACAAAAGAGGCUUUAUUUUUCUAACUUGGAAGUAGCGAGAGAGCCAGGAGGAGAAUUUGUUAGUUUUAUUUUUUAAAGACCUUGAGCCUUAAAGCAGCGCUGUUGAAAAGCCUUAAAAGCAGUCCUGUAAUAUUUUUUCCCCCCUCGAGAUUCUUAUACGACUGCCCUCCAGUGCAAGGAGAAAGACAGAGCCCAGAAGGGAGGCAGAUCCGAUUUCUGGGAAAACUUACGUCUGACUCUUUUACCAACAAUCAGCAGCAGAUUAUGAUGCCACAACCAGCAUCACCCUCCUCAGCUUCCUGCUUUGGACACCAUGUGCAUGACAGAUGCUGGAAGCCUCCCAUCACCUCCCCAGCCCUUUAAAGAGCCUUGAGUGCAAACAUUUAGGGCCUGAUCCAAAGCCCGUUGAAGACCCCUAUUGGCUUCAGUGGGCUUUGGAUUAAACCCGCAGGGCACAUUGGAAACAUCAGAUACAUUUUAAAUUAUUUAUUUUGUGAGAAAAGCCAGUUUAAUCAAGAUUUUCUUUUUAAAAUCUCCCUUCCAUUUUUUAAACUCCUUUAAAAGCGAUUAGAUUUGUUGGAGUCUUAUUUGGAUGGUAUGAUGCCUGUUAAAUUAUGGUCUAAACUGUAACCAGUUCUUUAUUUAUCUCUAAUUCCUUUUUAUUAUUAUUAUUAUUAUUCUUUGGAAUCUGUGUCCUAGGUUUGUACAAACGUGUCCUCUUCCUUUUUUUCUUUUGUUUUAAGGAUAAACUGGAAUUUUGUUUUGUACAAACUAGAGAUUGCAAAUGUAGUGUAUCACUGAAUCAUUUGCCUUGUUUUCUGCCUCAGCUCUUUUGGACACACAAAGGUGUGUGUAUGUGAGACACAAGACACCAUUGACAAAAUGUGUGUGUGUCAUCUUGCUAACCUUCCACCCCUUGAUGUUGUUUUGAGGUGGGGAAGCUGUGGCUAAACAGUUAAGAAUUGCUUUUUAAAAAAGACAGCAAACUUUUUUUUAUUUAAAAAAAUGAUAUAUUUGUUAA